GGCGGCAGCGACGGUGGCGGUGGUGGCAAAGCUCUGUUCAGAGCGUACCGUGUCGGUCCUGCAGCGGUUGCUCAGUACCGGGCGGUAGCAGCAACUGCCACGACUCACGGGGAGAGCUUGGAAGAGCAGCGAGGAACGCCAGGAAAGGGAUUCUGGAGACAUUCGACGUCUCCGUUCUCUGUCUUCUCGGCCCUUCUCAGUUUAUUCGUAAACUGAUGUGAGUGAGAGCUUUUUAGUGCAACCUCUGAGUUAAGAUGCAUGGGCAUGGAGGCUAUGACUCUGAUUUUAGUGAUGAUGAACAUGGCGGAGAAUCUAGUAAGAAGAAAAAAAGGGCAACCGAAGAUGAUUUACUGCUCAAAAAGCCAUUUCAGAAAGAAAAACAUAGAAAGGUGGCUCAUAAGCAAGUUGCAGCAGAAUUGCUGGAUAGGGAAGAAGCAAGAAACAGAAGAUUUCAUCUCAUAGCUAUGGAUGCUUAUCAAAGGCAUACAAAGUUUGUAAAUGACUAUAUUUUAUACUAUGGUGGCAAAAGGGAAGACUUCAGGCGUUUAGGGGAAAAUGAUAAGACAGACUUGGAUGUUAUACGAGAAAACCAUAGAUUCCUAUGGAAUGAAGAGGAUGAAAUGGAGAUGACUUGGGAGAAGAGACUUGCAAAGAAAUAUUACGAUAAACUAUUCAAGGAAUACUGCAUAGGAGAUCUCAGUAGAUACAAAGAAAAUAAGUUUGGAUUUAGGUGGCGAGUAGAAAAAGAAGUAAUUUCAGGAAAAGGUCAAUUUUUUUGUGGAAAUAAACGUUGUGAUGAAAAAGAAGGCUUAAAGAGUUGGGAAGUUAAUUUUGGUUAUAUUGAACAUGGUGAAAAGAGAAAUGCACUUGUUAAAUUAAGGUUAUGCCAAGAAUGUUCCUUUAAAUUAAAUUUUCAUCACAGGAGAAAAGAAAUCAAGUCAAAAAAAAGAAAGGCCAAAACCAAAAAAGAUUGUGACGAAUCAUCACAUAAAAAAUCCAAAUUAUCUUCUGCAAAAGAGGCCUCCAAGAAAAAAGAUAAAGGGCAUUCAACCUCAAAGAAAUCAGAAGAUUCUGUAAACAGAAACUCUGAUGAGGAAGAAAGUGUUUCCGAGUCUGAGCUCUGGAAGGGUCCACUACCAGAGACAGAUGAAAAAUCACAGGAAGAAGAAUUUGAUGAGUAUUUUCAGGAUUUGUUUCUGUGAGAUGGGAGAGAGAAAGCCUGCAUUCCUUAAUGUGAAAAUAUACUUCAAAACUUCAUAAAAUUUUUAUCUAUAGGUUGCAGUUUGAGUGGUUGGUCUUUGGAAAUAAAAAUUCAGCCACUCUCAGGAUGUCUAAUGCUUCCUGAGUUCAUUAGCAGACACACUUCCCAUCAGAUGCUCAUCUGUAAUUCUCUUUCAUCCAUAGCUCCUUGAUAUACAUUUAAACAUGAAAUGAUUGGCAUGAAGUUGAAAACUAAGUAAUUUAGUGUCUUACUGUAAAAGGGUUAAUAUCAGAAAUUUUCCUUUUAUUAAACAGUUGUUAUUCAUUAA